CAGAAACGCUGGCUUUGAAUGGCUCACGCUGAAUGAACUCUGCGACGAGGACUCCGCCUGCCAUUGCACUCGUGGUCUGCUGCGGCUUGCCAGGGUCGGGCAAGUCCACCGUGACUUCCCGCCUGCGCCGAGACUGGCCGGCGACCCAGACCGAGGCGAAUCCAUUGCUGUGGUGGCUGGUCAAUGUCGACCAAGCGGUGGAGCGACGCUGGCCGGGAUCCGAGCCGGGCUCUCCGCGCCAUGCGACCGAGUCGUACGCUGAAGGUCAUGCCUCCAAUGCGCUCGGUGCAUCGACCGGGACUGAUCCAGCUGACGAACCCGAGACGGCUGCAACUUGGCGCCAAAAGCGCGCGCGCUUGAUUCAAGACGUGGGUGCCUUCGUUGCACAGCUCUCGUCAAGCUCUGACAAGGAUUAUCCAUUCGCAUUGGACUCGUUGCAGACCAAGGGUCAAGAGGACGGCGUCGAGUCGCGGCUUCAAAGCUUUGCUUGGCUGUUCAGUCCGGACGACCAAACUGGAAAUCUCGCGCGAAUGCAGUCUCAGACAGGUUGCACACAUGUGGUUGUGGUUGAUGACAACAACUACUAUACCAGCAUGCGGUAUUCGUACUAUCGUAUUGCCCGGCAAUAUCGUUGUGCCUUCGGGAUUGUACUGUUUGAGUGUGAGACGAGCACCUGUGUGGCACGCAACGAUCUGCGCCAUGGUGGUCGGAUUGCUUCCGAGAUCAUUCACGACAUGAGCAACCGCUUCGAAAAGCCUCCCGCUCGAGCUGUGCUGGAGCCAAGUACAAUCUCCAAUAAUUCGGACUGGCAGAUCAAUUGUCUUGUGUGCAGCACGGAGAGCCAGCCAUUGGACUCUUGUUGUGAGGCGGUGACAACCUUCAUCCGACAGUUGCAGAGCACUGUUGUUGAAGCAGCGGUGUCGAGCGAAGAUGAUCGAGUCGCUGCGCAAGCGGCACAGAGUCGUGAGCAGACGGCUUCGAGUGCGCUGCACCAAACCGAGCUCGCGCUGCGCAAGCGGACGUCCCUCGCUAUUGCCAGAGCUCGAGCGAACGGCUCAGUUGCGCCGGCCACACUAUCCCGCAUUCUUCAGCUCAAGCAGACCUAUUCAGAGCGCAUUCGCGGCUGUGACAAUGUGGAAGCGCUUUUGCUUUCGUUUGAGGCUGACGUCGCCUCGCUCUCACAGAACUGAGCUGAGCUGGUGGCGACCAAGAAGAGACGUCGGUUGAAUAACGCGACCAAGCGGCUUCUAGCAAGGCCAUUGGCAAGCUUCUGAACUUUGUGGCAUCAUUGUUUGGCUUUUGUUCCGAUGCAUUUUGAGUCAGGUUGUGCGUACAUUUGGUGUGCUUGCAUCAUUCUUUGU